AUGUCAAACUUAUCGCUCUACGUUAUUAACCGUACACAGUUAGGCAGUACCAACAUUACACUGGACAACGCCCAUUUUGUGACAUACAUGACGGUAUCCAGUUUUUCCUGCCUGUUCACCAUUGUGGUCUACCUUCUUCUCACCACGCUGACCUUCUGGCGACGUUUCUACUUGACCGGAUCCCGUUUUCUGUUGGUCCACCAAUUUCUGGCAGAACUGCUGAUGGUCGGUGUGCACUGGCCGCUUCUUCUCCUGCAGAUGCUGUUGGCACGUCACGGUAUUUUCACCAGCAACAAAUUCUGCCGGCACUUUUUCUUUUUCUACGUAGUCAACAUGAUGGCCGCAUUGUGGGGCUUGUGCGCCCUGUCGUUUAACCGGUUCAUCGCCAUCGUCUAUCCUCACCUCUACGCUCGCUUCACGCGCCGACGUUUUCUGUUAGCGCAAGUUGUGUCAUUCUGGAUUCUGGGAAUCGCGAUUCAUUUGCCCUUCUACGUGGAUGGCAGCGGCUUCGUUGCGGAAUCUCCCUGGACUCUGUGCAACUUCGCUCGCCAAGGCGGUUUGAUGUUCGAUAUCGCGGCGACGUUGCGCGUCCACCUACCGUUGGCCGUGGCUGGUGUCAUGCACGUUAUAGUUUUGUGUCAGGUGGCUGCCUCACGGCGGCAAAUUCACCGCAGUGCAGCGGACGCUGCGGCAUCGGCGCCGGGAAGCGCGGCAUACCGGAAACGCGUAAUGUUGGCGAAGAUGCUUUUUGCCAAUUGGAUUGUGCACUGUAUGUGCUUUGCCACGCUCCCAAUGCUCAAGUCGGUGCUGCCGCUGUGGGUGUUCCGACAGAUGAUGACGCUGCCGUGGCUGCGCGAUGUUUUCUAUGCCGGAUAUUUAUCCACACCGGUGCUGUUUUACGCAAUGAAUAAAGAAUGUCGGGAGGUGGUGAACAGUGUGUUAAUGUGUGCAACAGUCACGGAAGCAAAACCCGAAGCGUCCAUGAGUUAUGCACAAAGCCAUAAAGGACAACCGCACACUGCCUUUCUCAAAACAGUUGCUGUACCAUAA